AAAAAACAAGUUUUACUUUUUAGUCAAUUUUACUAAAAUGCGUAAAACAUAAUUUUGAUUUUUGAAAGAAAGCAAAGCUUAUUUAUAUUUUUCGAGUUUAAAAACAAAUUAAUUUGAUAAUGUUUAGAACCACUAUUUUGAAAUUACGAAUAGAGCUGAUGAAGCCUUAUUUAUUCUCGAGGCAUAGUUCUACUGGUGGGAGAUUUCCUACAUACAUCGACCGAAAUGUUAAAAUAAUGACAAUGAAAGAAAUUAAAGGAAGUAUAAUGACAAGGCUAGGUUUGGAUAGCACCUAUACACCACAUCCAAAAACAAGAGAUCAUCUUUCGCAAUACGAACCAAAAUUAGAAGAUUUACCACCGAGAAGUAUGAAUGAUUCUUUUACAUCUGCGCUAAUUCCAUUGACAAAAGAUAAUGUUCUAAGUGAUUCCUAUGUUACAUCAUCUCAGUCAGUUAGGUUUGGGCGUUUAAUGGAAGACAUGGAUUUAUUUGCCGUGUGGGUAUGUCAUAAACAUCUUUAUAUACCGAAAUUGGAUCCCAAAAUUAAUUUACCAUAUACGUUUGUAACUAUACUUGUUGAUAAAAUUAACUUUACCGACGUUGUUCCCAGUAUUCAUAAUGAUAUUAGGAUAUCUGGUCAUGUGUCUUGGGUGGGAACAAGUUCAAUUGAAGUCGUUGUAUGGCUUGAAACGGUCAAACCUGAUGGGUCUUUGGAAAAGAUAACCAAAUCUUUAUUUCUUAUGGCAGCACGUAAUGCCACAAAUACAAAAGCCGCACCUGUAAAUCCAUUAAAAGCUGACAACGAAUAUGAGCUUCAAAUAUUGGAGAGUGGUAAAGAACGAAAAAAUCGACGUUCGAAAGAACGCGAAAGUUCAUUAUUGAAGGUAUUACCAACACAAGAGGAACAAAAAUUAAUGCAUGAUAAUUUUAUAUUAACUCAACCGAACACAGAUAUUUUUUCGGGGGAACGUAUUUUGCCACCAGAUUGUUUUUGGAUGGAUAAAACUCGUAUUGUCGACAUAGAUAUUGCAUUUCCUGAAAACAGAAACGCUCACAAUAAAAUCUUUGGUGGAUUUUUGAUGAGAAAAGCAUUUGAGAAUAGUAUUAUUAAUUCUUCAUUGUAUGCAGGUUUAGUUCCACGUAUAAAAUGUAUAAGCAACAUUAUUUUCCAUAAACCUGUUGAUGUGAAUAGUAUAUUAAAAAUGACAACUUUCGUGACUUACACAGAAGGGAGAAAUAUACAAGUUGUUUGUAUAACAGAAACAAGAACAGUCAAUACGAAUUUUUCUGUAACAAAUGUAUUUCAUUAUACUUAUGCGAGUGAUAUCAAUGUGCCUAAGGUACUACCAAAAACCUACCAGGAUAGUAUUUGGAAUUUAAUAGGUAGAAGAGAAUUUCUUUACUACAAAAACUUAAGUAAAGUUUAAAAAAUUUAUAAUAAUUUGCCAUGUAGUAAGGUUAAUAGAUUAAGCUCAGAUAAUUUAAUCAAGUGAUAUUUGGAAUCAACGCAAAGUAAUUUUUUUAUGUAUGGGUUGAUAAGAAUUUAAUUCUAGAAUAAACAAAAAAUGCAAAAUAUUUGCAUAAUAGUAACAAUUUUUUACAAUGUUAGGUACGUUAUAUGUAUGUAUAUAUAUUUUACUAAAAUCAUUAUAAAUCUUUGUUUGUUAACAAUGCAAAUGUAUGUAUGUAGGUAUUUAUGAUGUGCAUAACAUACAUUCGCAUAUGUAGAUAUUUUAUUUCUCUGGUAUUUAUGAUAAUAGUAAUUUGGUUUAUAUUAAAUAAAUGAUUUUAUUUAAAUUUUUAGUUCUAAACUAUCAG